GCUAUGAACCAAACCCUUUUGAAGUUUCGGAAGCAUAUAUAUAUAUUUUUUUUUUGCUAAACCAAUUUCGGAAGCAUAUAUUGUACUGGUCUCGGAAGCAUAUAUUGUACUGGUCUCGCAAUGAGACACUUGGUGCAUGCAUUUUAUUAAACUGUUAAAUCCACAGCACUAAUUUAAGCGUAAAUUUAGCAUCCUUAGUUUUUGAAAAUUUGUGUCAGAUUAAAACCGUUGCUCAACCAAUUCACAUUUGAAUAUCAGACGAACCAGUUUGAUCAUGAUUGCAUAAAUUUUCAUUAUUUAUCUUCUAACGGGUCUAAAAUGGACACAAAAUUUCAGCAUAAACUGCAAAACUUAGGGCCAUGAUUAAUGUUAACAUAGACACUGCCAAACGCGGAAUUAUUAAAAAAAAACGUUGAACUUCAGAUUCGGUAAGCAUUUUACAAUGCAAUAAAUACAAAUUAAUACUACAUUGUUACAGUCUAUUAGCCUUCGGUUUCUUUCCCCCUAGUCUGAUUUGUUUCCAUUUUCACCUUAUUUUCUCCUUAAACGAUUUUAUUUGCGAGUCAUUUAAAUGACUUGGAUUUCUCUAAUUAGUAUUUAAUAAUUUAUAAUGAAUUAAAUAAAAUUAAAAUAAUAUUGUAAGAAGAAGAUAAGUUUCCUUCCUCUCAUAAAUAUACAUGCAUGCCCCAAAGCCAAAGGUGUUAUUAACCAUCCUCUUAUCGUAAGAAACUAGUAAAUCAGAAAGAAGAAUAUGAAACAAUCAGAUUUUUUUCCAAUGAGAUUCUCUCUAGCACCAACUCUUCUUCUUCUUGUCCUUCUCCUCUUUUAUCAACAUCACUCUUCUUCAAACCUAAAUUCCAACACUCUAUCCUCUUUCGUGGAUGCUACAUCACUCGCACUGUCUCCUUCACCGUUCCUAUCCAUGGAGUUUAGCAGUCAUUCAUCAAACUUCACAUUAAUUCCGAGUGCUCAAAAGAAAGAAAAGACGAGGAAUGGAAUAGAGGAGGGUUUAGCGAAAUCAAGAGCGGCCAUACAUGAGGCUGUUAGGUCGAAGAAAUAUGCAUCGGAGAAUGAAGAAACCUUUGUUCCUCAUGGAGCCGUUUACAGAAACGCUUAUGCAUUUCAUCAAAGCCAUAUAGAGAUGGAGAAGAAAUUUAAAGUGUGGGUGUAUAGAGAAGGAGAGAUACCGUUAGUGCACAUGGGUCCAAUGAACAGCAUCUAUAGCAUAGAAGGCCAGUUCAUGGACGAGAUCUCUAGAGCUAUGAGCCCAUUCGCGGCUAGCCACCCGGACGAGGCUCACACCUUCCUCAUUCCCGUAAGCAUCGCCAACGUCGUUCAUUACUUAUACCGGCCGCUCGUGACCUUCUCCAGAAAACAACUUCACAAUGUGUUUCUUGACUACGUCAAUGUCGUGGCUCACAAGUAUCCUUAUUGGAAUAGAAGCCAAGGAGCCGACCAUUUCUUCGUUUCUUGCCAUGAUUGGGCACCAGACGUCUCAGGAUCGAACCCUGAAAUGUUGAAAAACAUGAUAAGAGUCCUAUGCAACGCCAACACAUCAGAAGGUUUCAUGCCCCAACGAGAUGUCUCAAUCCCGGAGAUCAACAUCCCCGGGGGCCACCUAGGCCCACCUCACUUAUCCAGCUCUUCCGGCCAUGACCGGCCCAUCCUUGCUUUCUUCGCAGGCGGCUCACACGGUUACAUCCGCAAGAUUCUACUAAAGCACUGGAAAGACAAAGACGAGGAGGUCCAAGUCCACGAGUAUUUACCCAAAAACCAAGACUACUUCAAACUCAUGUCCAAGGCAAGGUUCUGUCUCUGUCCUAGCGGCUACGAAGUGGCUAGCCCUAGGAUCGUUGCAUCCAUUAACUUAGGUUGCGUCCCAGUCAUCAUCUCUGAUCACUACGCAUUGCCCUUCUCAGACGUUCUUGAUUGGAGUAAGUUCACCAUUCAUAUCCCCUCUGAGAAGAUCCCGGAGAUUAAAACCAUACUAAAGAACGUGUCAGGGAGACGCUACUUGGUGUUGCAGAGAAGAGUCUUGCAGGUACAGAGACAUUUCGUUAUCAAUAGACCGUCUCAACCGUUUGACAUGCUUAGGAUGCUUCUUCACUCCGUAUGGUUGAGAAGGCUAAACAUUGGGUUGCAUUUGUGAUUCUGCGAUUCUUUAGGGAUUAAAUAUUGGUAUACAACGAAAAGGUAAACAUUUAAAUUAUAAAUAGACUAUUAUUUAAAUAUGAGAUUUUUUCUUAAUAUAGUGGUAUUAAACAUGUUAUUUGAUAAAUUACUUCAUAAUUCAUUGUUAUUGAAAAAAUAAGCUGUAAAUUUUUAUAAUGCGUCUAGUGAUUUUAGAAUAUUUUAAUGCCGCUUUUCUGUUAAAAAUAAUAUUGAUGGUUUUAGGGAUUUUGAAAUGGUUUAACUACAACUAAAAUAAAUUCUCAGUUUAUCUAAAAUCAUCUUAAGACUUAUUGAAAAUCAAAUUACUUCAAUAACUAGAUUGAAUACAACACCAUAAGUAGCUACAACAAUAACCAAACCGUUUACAUAUAAUGAUGUAAUGAAUAUUGUUUGAAUCACUCUUACAAGUUACAAGCUAAGAUUUUCAUAACUGAACUUCGACCACAUGUAAUCUUUUGGUCUCUGAAGGCAUCUUGUCCAACUCAAAAGUGACCAAACCAGAUGAGACGUCAUACUCAAACGCGAUCUCACUUGACUCAACAACGCAUCUACUAGGCUUAACCGAUGAGUACGCUCCGAACUUACCACAUCCUUUAACUUCCAUCACCAAUUUCAUCUUCU